AUGUCUACGGAAUAUCAAUUGACGAAGGGGGUCCGCUACCUGUCCUCUGAUACUUCGACUACGUAUCACACCGUCGACAUCUGCGAAGUAAAUACAUCCCUCAAAGAUGCAGUUCCCCGCUUCUGGAUAAUCUACAUUCAUGGAGGGGGCUGGAGCGACCCCAAUAUACAAGCCAACAGUUUCCGCGAUAUACGCGACGGGCUGUUGAGAGAAAAGCGUAUUCUGGCCCACGUUGCUGGCAUUGCCGCCGUCAACUACCGUUUGUCUGGGGCCCCUUCAGAGGGGCGCAACGCGCGACACCCAGACCAUCUCGAGGACGUGCAGCACGCUAUCAAGUUCUUGGAUUCGAAAUAUGAAUUUGGGGAUCGGUAUAUUCUUGUCGGACACAGUGCAGGAGCCACGCUGGCUUUUCAAUUUGCCAUGGAGCAGCCUUCGUCAGCUCUAAAGAAGCCGCUGGCUAUCUUAGGGGCUAGUGGGAUUUACGACCUUCGAAAGCUCCUCAACUCCAUAUGGCCGGUGGUUGAGUACAGGGAAGAGUACGUGCAUAUGUUGGAAAGCGCCUUUGGGGCAGGGGGAUUUACUUAUGGGGAAUACAAUGAAGAUUCUGACGGGUGCGGUUGGGAUCUUGCAUCCCCUGCCAAAGCAACGACAUAUGGAUCAUCGUGGCCCAAUGCACAAAUUGCAAUGUUAGUGCAUUCUUCUUCUGAUGAGCUCGUUCCAUUGGAGCAGUCCACUCAGUUUGCAACCGUUUUGGAAUCUUCUCUUGCCCCUGGGGCAGUAUGUCAUACUCGGUUCAACUUGGCUGGCUCACAUGAUGAUAUAUGGAGAAAGCCGGAAGAGAUGGUUCGGCUCAUUUUGGAAGCGGUCAUGAUGCUGGUCGGAAGAUCAUCUAGUUAG